CUUUGUUAUCCGCUCCAUCACAAUCGCCGCCGACGAUGGCAAGUGUGCCCGCGCGAUCUUCGACGCGCGAUUCUCGAUCAACCGAGAACGAGGAUACGUAGGGGGUGUCCGCGAGCGAGGGUGCGCGUGGGUGGAUGGGUUUUGGCACGAUGAGAGUGUGUCGGUGCAGCUAGAAGAUCGGGAGACUGGCUGCAUCCUCUCUCUCUGUCUAUCUCUCUCCUCCUACCAUCCUCCCUGCCUCGCUCGCUCACUCACGCCCCCUCUGUCUCUCUCUCUCUCUCUUGUUCGCUCUGUAUCCCUCCACCCUCUCCCUUAUUCUCUUUCUCUCUCUCUCGUACUCUCUCUCUCACACACAGCGCGACUACUCUCGGGAGCACCCAGGCGGCGGGCAGUCAGUGCGUCGUCAGCCUCCGCGUCGUCGCGACGCUCCUCUCUCCCUUCCGUCUCUCCCUCGGCUUUCUCGGUGGCGUUCGCAGCAUCGCGACGCUACGACGCGCUCCGUCGACUAUCCUAUCGGGAGAGACGCCGUCGUUUAUUUUCCUACGAUACGUACGAAUCGCCGGGAUCGAGCUCGAUAGUCGCGAUCGCAAGAAUACGUGCCGUCGCGUAUGUAAUAACAAAAAGAAAGAGAAAUAUUUGUAUCACGAGCACGAGAGUGUUUCGCGCUUGAUCCGCGCGGGAUCGGAAAGAGGUGUUGAGGUAGUAAUCACCUUAAUUGAACAGUACAUCGCGAUGCUUUUGCUUCCUUUCUUUUUUCUUCUUCUUAUCUCAAGAAGUUCGUAAAUGAUAGUUCGUGGGAGAGCCGAUUCGUGACAAACGAAUGUAUCAAGAUUCGCGAAUUAAAUGAGAUUUUGCACAAGUAUAUCCUGGGAUCGAGACGCGCGUGUAACUUUUAAAAUUUUCUAAUUAAAUUCCCCAAUAUCUCGCGUAAGUCCUCGGAGCGAUCUUACAAAGAUUCAUGGCGAGGAGUCUUAAGAAAGCAACCACUCUCUCUCUCUCGAGAUGUAAUACUUGCGCGCAAGAGAUCGAAAGAAGUAUAUAUUAAACGCCCGCCGUGGGAGAGAGUACUUUCAUUGCUCCUUUCUUUUCGUUGCAUAUUUUAUAUCGAAGGGAGCACCGUUCGCAUUUUAUUAGCCCGACGUGAAAAGAGUCCUUUGUCUUGAACAAAGAGCGAAGGCGAGGCGCGGGCUUGAGAGAGUGACGACGAGUAAAUGCAUUUCCUCUAGAGGAAUUACACUAAAGAAACGGCAAGAAGGCGGCGCGCGUCUUCCGAUGUCAGCGGGCGCGGAAGGCGCAGGGUGGAUCGGGUGAAGUUUUGCCGGACUCAUCGUGAUUCAUCUCUUGGUGUUGCGGGACCGAGUGAUCUAUCGGAUCGCGUGCGGUACACACGAGCCCCUUCACACAGGACACGUCGCACCCGAGAGUCACGCAGGAAGCGUUUUUCGUCCGCCCGGCUUCCGGUGCGUCGCCGUGCUCGCUCAAAAGCCAUAUCGACACACUCGCGGAUUUACUGCCACUGCCGAAUGCGCAUGGACGACGAUUCGUGAGGCACGAUUGGCUCGUCAAGUGCGUUGCCAGACGCGCUCAAACGCUCGCAAUCGUGCGGAUCCUCCACUCGCUCGACGAUGAGGAAACAGUGCUCGAAAAAGUCGGUCGGCCAUCAGCCAGGCAGACCCUCCGGAACUCGCGAUCGACAGGGAUGAAAGGUCAAUCGGGAACGUACGAAGUACGCGUGCCUCGAGCGGGACACGGAUGUCUCGGCUGGAGAUCUAGCACGGUAAUCACGUGGGGAAUUAAGCGGCCAACCGAUGAUGAUGGAGCACAAACAGACGAUCCUGCUGGCGCCAUCGCUGAGCAACAGCAGCUGCUGGCGAGGCGGCACGUCCGAGGCGGCUUGGACGGGUCCAGGCCCUGGGGAAUUGGUACGAGCCACCCUGAUACUGCUGCUCAGCCUUGGUAUCUUGUGCGCCAAUCUUCUGGUGAUAUGCGUCAUCAAUAGCAGGCGGUACAGCAAGUACAUCCACGCUCAGCCCAGAUAUCUGCUGACGAGCUUAGCGAGUAACGACCUAGCGAUUGGUCUUCUGGUGACCCCUUUCGGCUUCUUGCCGGCUGUUUACGGAUGUUGGCCGUACGGCGAGGUGGUCUGUCAGAUUCAGGCACUUCUUAGAGGCGCUUUGACUCAACAGAGUGCCGUUAUCCUCGUCUGCAUGGCAAUCGACCGUUAUGUUUGCAUGCUGCACCCCCACCGCUAUCACAAGCACUCUUCCAAGAGGUAUUACAUGCGGCAGGGUUGCGUGGCGGUGAUGUCGACCACCUGGAUAGCAAGCGUGGCGAUUUUCGGGGUUCUGGUGCUCCCCAGGGGCGGUUACUACUUCAACGGGUCCGGUCUCCUCGCCUGCGACCCUUUCUUCGCCCGGGCGUCCCUUAGGAUUCUCGCGUGCUGCUGUUUUUAUUUUCCGACGACGAUGGUGCUGAUGUACUGCUACGGCUCGGCCUUCCACGUUAACAAACUGCGCUUGAAAAGGGUGGUGUGCGUUAACACGCCUGAGGUCGUUAGCGGCGGACACAUAGAGAGGCUUGUCGCCCACGAGAGACGACUGUCGACCUCGGCCUCGCGAACAAUGGCUGCGAUGAGUUUGGGUUUCAUCGUCAUGGUCACGCCGUGGACGAUCCAGGAAGUCGUCGCAGCCUGCACCGGAAGCAAGCCACCGCCGUUCCUCGACUUCCUAGCCACAUGGCUGGCUCUUUCCAACAGCUUCUGGAAUCCAUUCCUCUACUGGCUGCUCAACAAUCACUUCCGCCGCAUUUCAAGGGAACUUCUUUACAGUAAGAUUCUGUGCAGAUCUAAGCCGCUAGGAGGGAAGCAACACUGCUGCGCGACCAGCACCGGCGGUCUAGACGUCUGCAGCAUCGCCGGCGUCGAUCUAUCAGGUUUGGAUCGUUGCUCAAUGGAACGAUAUUCGAUGGCACGUUGUUCCUCGUUAUCACUGGCGAAUACGCCACCGCCGCUCUCAUGGGAAGCCGUGCACGUGACACAUGGCGACGCAGAGUCCACGUGAGAGAUGCCGCCACGCAGACGGAGGAUUUCGGAUCUCCGGACGACGCCAGUUAGUACAGCGUGGCGGCAUGCCGGCACCCGACGCUCCAGCACUUCCGGACGCAUCCGUCUGUACGCCGACACCCGCGUGACGCCGCCGCACCCUCGCUGGCACGAGGGCGAGUUCCGCGCGUCGAGGAGGAAGAAGAGGAGGAGGAGGAGGAGAAGGAAGAAGAAGAGGAGCAAGAUCGCAGCGUCGCGAUGAUCCAGCGUCAUCGACACCCUCGGCGAGCAACUCGUUUCGCGCGCUUCAAGAACUUGCCGGACCUCGUUCGACAACAUGAGCCGCGCUGAAACUAAUUGCGAACAAGUAGUCGUUGUUGUCGACUACGCGGCGGUCGCUGUGUCGUCGUACUCGUCGCCGCGACCAAAACGGCUCGGUCUUUCACAUGGAACGCACGCUGAAAUCGCGAACAGCUCGCUCGGAACGAGCGAACGCGAGGCGCGUGUCGACAGCGCAGAUUAGCUCGUCGCGACGAGAUCGAUUACGGGAAUUAAUUACGACGCGAGUUGCAGGGAUACUAAUCGCGCCGCUCGUUCUCGGCGGUGUACGUGGAGAUGUUUAAUCACAGCGCAGCACUUCGCGAGUGUUAACGUCGUUUGCGCCCGCAUCCACAUCGUUUUCCGCGAUUGAUUAACUCGCGAGUGUUCGGCGCGAGUGAGAGAGCGGUGCGCUCGACUACGAAAUUGCUCUUUUCCUCUGCUUGUUUUUCUUCGUGUCUUCUUCUUUCUUUUUCCUUCUUUCUCCUUUUCCUCCUUUCUUUUCUUUUUUCUUUGUGAUCGCGUAUAACUUCGCGUGUACAUUUCUUUUUCUUUCUUUUUGCGCUCUUUGAAUGCAUAAAUGUUUGAAGGCACGGCUUGCUGUCGUAGAAUACUCCGAAUUCCAGUCGAUCCUUCUUAUACGCGAACCUCUAAAUCGAUUGGGAAAGUUGGAAUUUUUCCGAGGAAAUUUUAAUUUAAUAUCUCAAAGUAAACGGAGGGAACCGCUCUCUGUUUUGUGAUACACUUGCGGGUUAAAAGUGACGGCAGAGAAUCGUGUGUCGAAUAAAACGAUAUAUCUCGCGCGCAGGAUGAAGUGAGGCGCACUUUAACGUGUAAUUGUUUGCUCAAGCUCGAGAGCUCAUUGGCAUCAGGCCAAUGCAUAAUGCCAAACCCUUAUAUCCACGUCAUGAACAUUGUUGUUACAUAUAUAUAUAUAUAUAUAUAUAUAUAUAUAUAUAUAUAUAUAUAUAUACAUAUGUAUAUAUUUCACGCGAGAGAAGAGAGAGAGAGAAAGAAAGAGAAAAAAAACCCCAACAAGGACGCGCAAAGAAUACGUGUCGAGAUAGUGUUUGGAGAAUCAUCUUUUUAAUAUCGCAGAAUUUUAUACUACGAUCAAACGCACUGCAGAUAUAGAGAUUAGAGCCACAAAUCCGUACUUCCUUCCGGAUCUCGAUUUGUUACCUCAAGUGAGUUACCUGCGACCGUGAGAGGUUCGCUUCGAUAUUGCGAGGCAAAUUAACGGCGUUACAUUCAUUUAGCGUAAUGCAGAUAGGACGAUAUAACGAUAGGAAACGGCCUUGUAACAAUAUAAUUGCUGUAAAUCCGUACGGAUCGUAAUGCAUUUAUUCUUCGCGUGGGGAUGCGCGGAAAAUAUCGAAGCGUGUGUCGAUUUUCGUCUUGGCUUGGCUGCGAGAAAAUUCGAGGCAGCCUCGUGAAAUUACAUUGGACAUUAUUGGAGAAUUCGUCGGAAUAUCCGAGGCGCACGGUAACGGUAUCUCUGCUUUAAACGAGAAACACGGAAUCGAUGCAGUGCAUGUUUUAGAGUUGUGUGUUGGUACGGCAUCUUCUCUCGCGUGUGUGAGAAGAAAUUACUUAGCACCACGGAUACGUAAGCUUUCCUCACCGGAGGAAGAAAAUAUCGAGGCGAUCGGAGGUGGAAACGCUCGUUAACGAGCUCGGGCGGUGUCGUUUCGCCUCGUUUCGUACGCGCCGUUCUCCGAGAAUCGUCCGCCCUUUCCUCGAGAGAGACCGCAGGGAGGGCGUAAAAUAAUUACGCGCUUUCAAUUUAUAAUUGUAGAAACGUCGCUCGCGCGCGCGUGAAUCCGACAUGGAAGGAUAAUUUAUUAUAUCUGUACAGCGUUACACGCCUCUCCGCGGGUGAGAUCAAUGUUGCUGUUGAAGAACACCGCCGCGCGCGCUCUCGCUUGAUAUUCGCGGCGUCGCAUUCGCGCGUUUCUGAACAGACAAAGUCGACCGACGACACUUCAUUAGCUUAAAUUGACACAGAGCCGACCGACGGAUCGUUACUUGUUUUCAAGUUGCUGAUAACGAAGCGCGCCGUACCUCAGACGGUAAGACGCCCUCUUUGAGAAACGCGCCUCGAGACUCUUAUCCCUCUUCGUUCGAGAUCUUAAGAAAGAGAGAGAGAGAGAGAGAGAGAGAGAGAGAGAGAGAGAGAGCGAGCUUGCUU